CACUUUUUAAAAACAGACACACAUAAUUAACUGUUUUAUAUUUUAAUGACUGGUGAUCUUUAAUAAGGGAAGUGUUAUUCAUCAAUUAAACUGAAUAAUAAAAAAACAGCUUUGUUUAUUAAAAAAAAAAAAAAGGACUCACCUAUGGCUAUGCUGCUGGAGUGAAAGUUUGUUUUCUUGAGAGGGAGAAGGAUACGGGAAACAAUGCGUUAUGUCUGAGCAAAACCCAUGUCCACCCUCGGCUUACGUCCGUUGGAGCGAUGAAGAGACUCGGGUGUUAAUAUCCAUAAUAAGGGAAGAGAAUGUGAUGAGGCAGCUUGAUCGCCCAAAGCUACGGAACAGUUUUGUCUACCAAAAAGUAGUUGACGCUCUUUCUAGCCAAGGGAUUGAGCGCACAAUCCCGCAAACGAGGGACAAAUUCAAAAAACUGAAGCAGUCCUACCUGCAGGAACGUGCAAGACGAUCCCGUUCGGGAGAAGGAGGCCGGGCCCAGUUUCGAUUCUGGGAUGAAAUGGACUGUUUGUUGGGGCAGCGGCCAGUGGUAUCUGUGAAAGCCUGUUUGAUUGACACCUCCCAGCCCUCAGUAUCUGCAGCGUCAUGCAGCUCUCCUAAUCAAGGCUCCAGCACUAGUACCUCUCUUCCAGCCCUCUCGCAGUCAGCAGCAGGAGCAUUGUCACAGUUUGCCGCACAGCAUGCUGAACGGGAGGAGGAGCUCUGUAAUCCAGAUGCCCCUUCUGUGGAGCUGCAAGAGGAGGACAUAGAGGCAGGAACCUCAGCGGAUGGGAUUGCAUGUCCUCCUUUGUAUACACACUCUGGUGUGGCGGCUGACCGAGGACGACAUCAACAGUACCCUUCAGCGGCAGAGUACAGGCGAUCCAGUCUCGUGGAAACAAGACUGUUGAGACGCCAGAUGCAGGCCACCGCUGCCAGACAACAGAUGUUGUUCCAACAAGCAGAGCGUCGUCGUCAACGUGACUGGGCUAGGUGGAUGAGGCAGCAACACCAGCAACACCAGCAAACAGUGGCAAUGUUCUCAGAGUUCCUACAGAGAAUUGCUGAGACUUCGAGAGCAGCCACGCUUAUGGUUGAUGUUGGCACUGACCCAGUUCCGAUGCCCAGUGUUUCCUCUUCUGGCAGGGGAUGAUCCAGCGUCAUUCGUCGGUCCGGUUGCCUUUCUCAAAGCAUUCGCACCAGGGGAGGAAGACAUCAUGCGUCGUAAAUUUAAAAUAAAUAAAUGUAUUCGUUUUAUUGUGUUUUUCUGUAUUUGCUUUCCAACAACUGAUUUACAUUGGUAUAUUUUUAACCAUGAUUUUUGUAAUCCAACAGUUGUUGUGUUGUAUAGCUUUAAAAAUGAAAGAUAUUAAAGAUGCCCCAUGAACUUAAGUAACAAUACACAGAAACAACUGGUGAGCUGGAGACCACACAUUUUACAGUCCCUUUCAAUCUGGAGACAGAAGACUUCCUUAUGUAUAAACAAUUAAGAACAUUGCCCCUGUAGCAGAGGAAUUCUAUGGUACAAUGAAUUAUAUUUAUAAUUAUAUUGUUACUAAUGUUACCUCAAUUAUAGACCAUUAUUAGACUAUUAUACAAUAAUAAUGCAAACGUUAGCUACUGAACCCUCAAUGGCCCAAGUUAUUCAUCUUCUUACCCAUCAUCAGUGUAGGACAAGUCAUUUUAGUCUGACAUCCCAUUCUGUAGUCACAUAACAUGGUUGUGAAUUGUUUGGUGUUUGUAUUUAGAUGGUUGUACACAUAUACAUGUUUUUGUUUUUAAGCCGAGUUAUUUUGAACUAGCUGAAAUACCCCCCGUUGCCCGGGGAAAUUCAACAUUUAAAUAUUUCAUGCAUGACAAAUUGGGGAACGGUAGCCUUUUGGUUUCCCAUAAGUUACUGAUCUUGGGUGUCGCACAAUGCGCUCGGACUCAUUUCCUUUUUUUAACUUUAUUUUUUUUGGUUUUUGCCAUUUUUAAAUGUUUUAAAAUGUUUGUUCUUUUUAUUUAUUUUUUGAUUUUGUGGUUUUCUUUAAUUUGAGAUAGAUGGCUACUGUAGUGUUCCAGCAAUGGAAUUACUAAGUAAAGUACCCCGGGGGUCAAAAUUGUGGAUCCAAACAUAGCCCUGGACCUUCCCCUGGAUGAAAGAGGAGGCCAUGCAAAGUUUGGUUGCACUGACUCCUGCGGGGUCCAAAUGCAUAAAGGAACAGACAGACAGACAGACUUUCUUCAUUAUAUAUUAAGAAGAUCUGGCCUAAGUACCCUGGACUCAAAAAUUUAACAUGUCUGGUUAAAGCUCAAGGGACUGAAAUCUCUUAUCUUCAAUUAAAUGCAAACAGUGCUACUGGGUGUUCUUGAGCUGUACUGCUAAAGAACUGCUGCCGGUGGUUUCAUACAUUUGUACCCUUCUGUGUAGUAUUUCUGAGAUAAUUAUCACUGUAUUGAAGUGAAACUUGUAAGGUCUAACAAAUAUGCAUGGGCAGGGUUUUCAAUUAGUUUUGAAGUAUGUGGCACUAACAAGGUAGUAGGGGCACCAAUGUCAUCAAAGUGCAUCGCGGCCAGGCGGGAGAGUGGGAGGGGGGUGUCCAUUAUUAGUUCAAUUAAGUUCAAUUAAGGGUCUAGUUAAGUUACUGAGAGCUCGGUUGGAAUGAAAACCAGCAGGCCCUGGGGGUCCCCAGGACCGAGUGUGAGAACCCCUGGUCUAGAACAUUAGAAUACAAUAUUUAAUUCACAAAAACAAAAAUACUCUCAGUAAAUAAGCAUGGUCUUUCAUCUGGAAUGAAAAAGUCACAUGACUGCAAAUACAGCAGCCAUAUUGAGAUAGUGAUUGUAAAUCUCAGUGGAAGAAACAUGCUCAGGACACGAUUAUAUGUGUAGAAAUGUAAUUCAUUAUUUAUUUUUUAAAAUUUUUUUAGAGUGACCAAUUAUUAUUUUUCUUUUAUUUUCCCCCAAUUUGGAAUGUCCAAUUAUGUUUUGUUUUUUCCCUACACAGCACAGACGUUCUGAGGGCGUGUGAGCAUCCUCCGAUCUCACAAGCCUAAUCCACCCCGAGUGUUUAUAUAAACGAUUAAAUAUGAAGUCUGUAUCUCGAAUGCUUUUUAAUUAUAAGGUAGGAGAUGCAGAAAGCAGCAGUGGCUAAUACCUUUACUAAAACAUACACAAUUGAAUCAAAGUGACGUAAAAUAGUGUUAUGUAUAUUUAUACAAAAUAUAUGUGAAUUUCCAUUGUGUAAUAUAUUAUAUUAUUGAUACUGGAUCAUAGACCACUUAUUUGAAGCAUCAUUUUUUAAAUAAGCACUGUAGUAUAAAUUCAUAUUAUCAAGAUAUAUUAUUUGAAUUAAAUGUUAAAUAAAAAUAUAUACAACAAUGUAUAGAACAAAAAAACACAAAAUAAAACAUUCAAUUUAAAGGGUUUUAUUAGGUCACUUGCAAACUUUAUGCAGGCAACGACUUCUACAUAAUUUGUUUAUUUUAUUUUGCCCACAAAACACUUUUUAUACAAAUUUGUAUUCUACAAAUGUCAAUAAACGGCAGCCUUUGAGGCUAAUUGGAAAA